AGUUGAGCUAGUUGUAUGGAAAUUCCGCUUUUUUGCGCUCCGUCCCGAAAGGGAUAUAGAACAAACCAUUUGAAAGUACAUACUAACAUUCCAAACUUUUGUUUUUCUCCAUUCCCAUUUCUAGCAAUCAACACCACCCUCGGAAUCAAGUGCUUCCGGUGUACGGUAGCUCCGCCCAAUCGGUACGCCGCAAACAGUACGAAAACGCAACUGUGCUCAAAAUUCGACCACUCCGAUUACUUCACCGUGGACUGUCCGUGGUCCACCAUGUGCGUGAAACGAAUCUUCAAGAUCCAGCUGAUGAAUCGCGAGCAGGAAACCAUCAGCCGUGACUGUGCCCUGCAGAAGGAAACCGAACAGAUCUACAGAAAUGGUAACUGGACCAAACAGCAUCACAUAGAAGAGCCCUACCAGGAGGGCUGCCAAACGAUAAACGAUUCCACGUACUGCUUCUGCCGGGGGACGAUGUGCAAUUCCGCCACCAAGGUGGAGAAAAACAGCUACCAUGCGGAUGCGAUGGCGGUCAUAUUUGUGUUCAACGUGAUGAAGUACAUAAGAAACAUAGAAUAUUGACAGGUCUCUAGAUGAUUAGUUUUGCCUUGUUUUACGUUAAGAAACCAUAGGCUAGGAUUUUAGGAGUAAUUUAAUUGCUUUUAUGACUGAAAACGUGAGUCAGUAAUGAAAAAAAUGCUUUGUUAAAAUGUUGAUUUAUGCUCGAAAUUGAUGUGAUAUAAUAAAUAAGUAGGUAUUAUU